AUGAUAGCCAAGGCGUGCAGUGCUAUUAUCCAAAGAGACUUGCCAAAGAAAUUGAAAGAUUUAGGGAGCUUCCAAAUUUCAUGCACUAUUAGAAAAACCGCCUUUGAGAAGGCAUUAUGUGAUCUAGGGACAAGCAUUAAUCUGAUGCCAUUGUCCAUGAUGAAGAAGUUACAAAUCAAAGAGGUAAAACUAACAAGGAUAGCCCUACAAACGGUGGAUAGAUCAAUGAAGUAUGCAUGUGGAGUAGUUGAGAAUAUCUUGGUCAAGGUGGGAAAGUUUUUCUUCCCAGGAGAUUUUGUGAUCCUUAACAUGGAGAAGUAUGAGAAUGCAUCCAUCAUUUUAGGGAUACUAUUCCUAGCUACUGGAAGAGCCCUCGUUGAUGUAGAAAAAGGUGAAUUGCAUGAUGAACACUUACUUUUUCAUCUCUUCAAAACCAUGCAUCAUCUAAAUGAGAAGGAGAAUUGCAUGAAGGUUAAUUCAAUUGAUCCAAAUAUGAAGGAAGCACCUAACGAAGUAGCACUAGAAGUUCCACGUCCAUGCUUGAAGGGAAAAGAAGAAGAAGAAAACCAAUAG